AUGGCACCAUCGAUAGUACACCUUCCGAACGGGCAGACCUUGACAGUCACACCAGUAUUCGGCGGCAUACAAUUCAAAGCCAACGAGCUGAAUACACACCACAAUGCUUUCCCAGCAGGCUGGACGAUAGUGAUCCAUAGCGAGGACUUUGAGGAAGAUCACGUUCUGCCACCCAACCAUGCCUCGACCAUUAGUAGUCCCAUCGCAGAUAAUGCCGAGCCACGAAGAGAGAAGAAGCACCAUGUCCACCGCUUCCGUAAACCCACGCUACGGAACGACCAUAUGUUCUUCUCGUCCAUAUCGAAUCCCUCCUCGAACGACUUCCGGCCUGCAACCAGUCCCACCAGACAGAUCGCUAUGAUGUUGUGGGCAACGCUCUGGUGGUACUACCACCAACCUCGACCUGCUCCACAGCUCACCACAGCUGCAAGUGAGAAGACAGCGGAGGACGGAAAGCCCAAGGGCGAAUGGAUCGUGAACAUAAACAGAGAAGGGAUAUUCAAGGGCAAGCACUUACUACCCAAGCUAGAAAGGAUGGGUUUGCUCGCCUCAGAGGACUCGACAGUGGGCGUUGAUCCUGCAGAUGGUGUGACGAAUGCAGGAGAGGGCUGGAGCCACAUGUUCGUUUCACAACGGAGCUUCUGGCAGCUGGAUCCGAGGAUAUACCUCUUCACUCUUACACCCACACAAGCGAACUCACCAUAUCCCUCUGUCAGUCCGGCCGUGAGCAGACCCGCAAGUCCAAACCGCAAUAGCUCCAAUCUAUCGACCAACGAAGGACUUUCCUCCCUUUCAGCAGCACAGCAUCUCAAUCGCACCAGCACUCCCCCCGGGCCCUUCUCAUCGGGCUCGCAUCUUCCCACGUUCUACCCUCCGGCCCCAGCACAAUACACCUUCACGAAUGGAAUAAAGCAUCCUGUACGACCGAAGCCGCCACGGCAAGGAGAAACUUUCUACACGCGCUGGGUACCAAGUCUUGGCCAAUAUCUAAGUUUCCGGGUAGCUUCGCUGAGCAAGAACCCUUGUGUCUACCGCGGUCCGACAUCGACUUCAAAUGCAGACUCCAUGUUCCCACCUCAGACACGAGAAAGUCUUCGUUCAGGUACACCAUCAGCGUCGGAGGCGACAAUAAACACUUUAGGCAACAACGCUACUUCGGCAUUAAACCUCGACGAUACCCCCACGACCUCCAUGACUGAUCCGGAACUACUACACAAAUGGAUGAACAAUCCCCGCGUCUCCUACAGCUGGGGCGAAAACGGUCCAACAUCCCACCAAGAAGCCUUCCUAACCACGAACCUCAAAUCCAUGAAUUCUUUUCCAGUAAUAGGCUGCUUCGAUGGUAAACCCUUUGGGUACUUUGAGAUCUACUGGGUCAAGGAGGAUCGACUCGCGGCCCAUCUUGGAGGCGAAUGUGGAGACUGGGACAGAGGUCUACAUGUCCUGGUGGGCGAAGAUGAGUUCAGAGGAAGUCAUAGAGUGAAGGUUUGGCUGAGUGCGCUGAUACAUUGGUGCUGGUUGGCGGAUCUCAGGACAAGUAUUGUCUUCAUGGAGCCGAGGGUGGAUAAUGAGAAAUUACGACGCUAUUGCGAAGAAGCUGGAUUCUACAAGGAGCGCGAGGUCACUUUCCCGCAUAAACAGAGCAAUCUGAUGAAGAUCAGGCGAGAGGCAUGGACUGCGCCUGCAUUAUGA